CAGUAAAAAAUGUCUGAAAAUCAAGGAUUUGUGCAUGAUGAAAUUACAGUUGUACCGGCAACUCCAACAGGACAGCAAACGGACUCCACGAAUGCGAACCAAGGGGGCUCUGGAAGAAAACGAUCAAUGGAUAUUGGAACAUCGACGGCGCAGAUUAUUAUUGAAAGUGAACCCCCAGCAAGCAACCGAGACUGCUGGAGCUCAAUGUGUGACGUAUUCGGCACUCGGCAGUCUGCAUACAUCACCCAGCUUCGGCCUAUCAGUACAUACCUCCUAAGAUGCCAGGAGGCUCUGAAAAUAUUUCAAUAUGAGCUGGAGAGAGAUAUCAAAACGAAACAGUCGGCUUUGGCCACCUAUCAACAUGUCAUGGAUUGUGUGAUUGAGAUCAAUCAUAUUUCUAUGCACCGUGACCUAAACAUCCCGCCAGAUGAGCACACGAUGCUCCGAUCUGUGGUCUACGAAAUGGCAUUGUUGGCAAGAAUCAUCGAGGAGGUUGCCAAUCAAGCAUCCGGGGAGAAAUCGAGAAGCCGAUCAAAUUCCUUUCAGAGAUUGACAAUUUCAGCGCCGUCCCUUCAUACCACAACCGAAGGCGACGAGACUCGAGAUAUUGGAUCAGGUGAAAAUAUUCCAGCAGUGGAUGUUGGGUCAUUAAAGGAUAACAUUACAAAAGUAUUCGAAAUGGUCGAAAACAUGCUAAAAUACAUCGAUAAAAAGACAGAACGACGUUGGUGGCUCCGAGAUGUCAUAAAUUUCACUCAAGCCGCUGUCAAAGUCGCCUUAUUCAUAAGUGCUGCGAUUUCAGUGGCUUAUCACGAAAAUCAAAUUGCGCCGAUUAUUACGUUGGUGAUUACUGUAAUUCAGGGAAUAACCGAAGGAUUCGAUCAGUACUUUCUCAAGAACAAGAGCCCAGAUGACAUCCAUAUUUCUGUACUCACGAAUACCAUGAAUAAUUUGAAAAGUUGAAGAAAAUUAAUUUGAUAUCCAUGAUUUUGUUUUUGACCAUGAGUAAAAUGUGUAACGCAAUU